AUGCAACUUCCGGCCAUUCUUCGUGAACCUGCUGUUGGACUCAUUGGAGAAAAGUGCUACGUCUCUCUGAUUGAAAACUUGAACAUCCAAGAUGUCGAUUGCAUCAAAUAUUCCAUUAGCAAAGGCUUAGGGUUAGGUAUUGUGUUGGGUGGAUCCAUUGUCAAGGUCCCUCAGAUCUUGACCAUCUUGAGAAACAAGUCGGCAGAGGGAUUGUCGCUUGCAAGCUUCUUGUUGGAAGCGCUUUCCUACUCCAUCACACUCUCUUACAACAUGAGACAAGGAAAUCCCUUCAGUACCUAUGGUGAAAUCAUGUUUAUCUAUAUCCAAAACAUCAUCAUCACAAGUCUCAUCUUUUACUAUGGUCGUCAGCCCGCCAAGAUGGUAGCAGCCUUGAUCGGUCUCUGUUCUGUGUUUUGGGCUCUCAACAAUGCUGCCUUGGUGCCUGCUGUAGCCAUGAGUAGUCUCUUUGCCGCCACUAUCCCACUCAAUCUCGCCUCCAAAAUUCCUCAAAUCUACAGCAACUUCAAGAACAAAUCCACAGGCCAAUUAUCAGUGUUCACUGUUGUCAAUUACUUUGUAGGUAGCUCCAUUCGAGUCUUUACGACCAUGACAGAGGUGGAUGAUCCCAUCAUGCUGUUUGGCGGCCUCCUGGCCAGUUCAUUCAAUGCCAUCUUGCUCUUGCAGGUGAUUCUGUACUGGAACACCAGUGGCAGCAAGAAGGGACAUAGUAAAUUAGAUUAA